AUGGCCUACCCGCCCCCUCCAGGUAUCUCAAACGCCUCAUCCAACUCGUCGCACCCCUCGCUUCCCGCCCGUCCGCCUCCUUCAGCCAGCGCAUCAUCAGGCGGCAGCGGCGGCGGCUUCAAGUCCUCCUUCAAGCCGGCCUUCACACCCGCCCAAUCUUCCUACUCCAGCGCUCCCAGCUAUGGCGCCGGCAGCGCCCCGGCCGCCGGCCAGUACGGCCCUUCCUCAUACCCCACCUACCAGCAGCCCGCAUCCUCCAUGAGCGCCGCCCCCUACCAGGCGCAGUCACAACCGUAUCGGUACCCCCAGCAGCCGCAGCAACCGAGCAGCAACACCUACCAGCAAGGCGCCUACACGCGCCAGCGAGCGCAGCAUCCUACGGCGCCGGCCCCCAGAUCCAACAAACGCGCAACGGCGUGA